AGGGGGAGCCCUAUAAUUGGACGGGUCUGGGAGCCUCCAGUCCUACUCAGCCCCAGCGGAGGUGAAGGACGCGUUCCUCGGGAGCUGACUGGCCAAUCACAGGCGGGAAGAUGAAGGUUCUGUGGGCUGCGUUCCUGGUCGCAUUCCUGGCAGGAUGCCAGGGCAAGGUGGAGCAAGUGGUGGAGCCGGAGCUGGGGCCGGAGCCGGAGCUGCACCCGCAGGCCGACUGGCAGAGCGGCCAGCCCUGGGAGCUGGCGCUGGGUCGCUUCUGGGACUACCUGCGCUGGGUGCAGACACUGUCCGAGCAGGUGCAGGAGGAGCUGCUCAGCUCCCAGGUCACCCAGGAACUGACGGCGCUGAUGGACGAGACCAUGAAGGAGUUGAAGGCCUACAAGUCCGAGCUGGAGGAACAGCUGAGCCCGGUGGCGGAGGAGACGCGAGCCCGGCUGUCCAAGGAGCUGCAGGCGGCACAGGCCCGGCUGGGCGCGGACAUGGAGGACGUGCGCAGCCGCCUGGCGCAGUACCGCAGCGAGGUGCAGGCCAUGCUGGGCCAGAGCACCGACGAGCUGCGGGCGCGCCUCGCCUCCCACCUGCGCAAGCUGCGCAAGCGGCUCCUCCGCGACGUCGAUGACCUGCAGAAGCGUCUGGCCGUGUACCAGGCCGGGGCCCGCGAGGGCGCCGAGCGCGGCGUCAGCGCCAUCCGCGAGCGCCUGGGGCCCCUGGUGGAGCAGGGCCGCGCGCGGGCCGCCACCGUGGGCUCCUCCCUGGCCAGCCAGCCGCUGCAGGAGCGGGCCCAGGCCUGGGGCGAGCGGCUGCGCGCGCGGAUGGAGGAGGUGGGCAGCCGGACCCGCGACCGCCUGGACGAGGUGAAGGAGCAGGUGGAGGAGGUGCGCGCCAAGCUGGAGGAGCAGGCCCAGCAGAUGCGCCUGCAGGCCGAGGCCUUCCAGGCCCGCCUCAAGAGCUGGUUCGAGCCCCUGGUGGAAGACAUGCAGCGCCAGUGGGCCGGGCUGGUGGAGAAGGUGCAGGCCGCCGUGGGCGCCAGCGCCACCCCUGUGCCCAGCGACAAUCACUAAGCGCCCAGGCCUGCAGCCAGGGGGACCCCACUGCACCCCGUGCCUCCUGCCUCCGCUCAGCAUGCAGCGGGAGACCCUGCCCCCGACCCAGCCGUCCUCCUGGUGGGCCCCCGUUUAAUAAAGACUCACCAAGUUUCACCGCA